AAUGAGGCGGUCUAGAUCAUCUUAGUGUCGGAGGAGUUGCUGCGGCCGGGGAACUGCAGCUGCGACCCCCGGCGUCCUGUGAGGAUUUCAGGGCUGACACCGCGCGGGUGGUUAUGGAGAGGACGGUGUACCGGAGCCGCGGAAGAUAGAGACCCUGGCGCCCAGAGAGGUCUGCUAAUCUCGCCGCAGCCUUCGAGGCCGUCACUGCCUCUCCUCUGCUUCGUUUUAUUACCAUUAUCGCCAUUCUCGAAAAGUCAUGGAAGACAGCCCACUGCCAGACCUCAGAGACAUCGAGCUGAAGCUGGGGCGCAAAGUACCUGAGAGCCUAGUGCGUUCUCUCCGUGGGGAGGAGCAGGUUCCCAGGGAAAGAGACAGGGACCCCUGCGGAGGGAGCGGUGGUGGCGGCAGUGGCGGUGGCGGAGGCGGCGGCGGCUGCAGUAGCAGCAGCAGCUGCUGCAGCUUCCCUCCCUCCUUGUCAUCCUCCUCUUCGUCCUCCCCAACCUCUGGCUCCCCACGAGGUAGCCACUCCAGCACCCUGGAGAAGCUAGAAACCAAGCUACACCUCCUCAGGCAAGAGAUGGUUAACCUCAGAGCCACAGAUGUCAGGCUCAUGCGCCAGUUGCUACUAAUUAAUGAGAGCAUCGAGUCCAUCAAGUGGAUCAUCGAGGAGAAAGCCACCAUCACCAGCAGAGGCAGCAGCCUCAGUGGCAGCCUGUGCAGUUUGUUGGAGAGUCAGAGCACCUCCUUACAUGGCAGCUACAACAGCCUACAUGAUGGCAGUGAUGGGCUGGAUGGCAUUUCCGUGGGAAGUUAUCUGGACACAUUGGCGGAUGAUGUCCCAGGCCACCAGACCCCUUCAGACUUGGACCAGUUCAGUGACGGCUCCCUAAUAGAGGACUCACAGGCACUACACAAGCGUCCCAAGUUGGAUUCUGAAUACUACUGUUUUGGCUAGUGACACAGUUUUUUGCAUGGGACUGGUGUGCAAUUAACCUAUAUUUAUCCUUCUUCUCCGCUGCUAUAUUUUUGGUGUGAUUUUUAUUUUAAUAAGAUGACCUUUUUAAAAGAAGCUGAUUUUGAAACUGCUUAAUGGUAUUUCUGUUGCUCCUAAUACUUCUCAUCUGAACUGAUUUAUUUUUCUCUGUUACAUCUCUAUUUUUUAUUUAUUACAAUGAUUUUCUCCCUUCUUUUAGAGUGGCACAAACAAAGUAGGGGGAAGAGAAUAAGCAAUAAUUAUGUUUUCAUUUUUGUUUUCAGAGCAAUGGGUCAGGGAUUAAAAGGAAACCUUUGCUAAAUUUUACAAUAAACCAAAGUCUGAUAACAGUAA